CAUUGGUCAAUUGAAUAAGAUGUUCUUACUGCCGAUCGCUAUCGACGAUGAUCCUUCCUAAUCAGCCCAUCUAUGGAUACCAAUUUUUCUGCAAUCGGACUUCCAGUUGCGGUGCUUUCCGACUGCUUCCCGCGCGGGCUCCAAAAUUCUCAACGAGCUGUGACUAUAUAAGAGGUGCUGUGCGACCUCUGACCUGAGAAGAUGUGUGCUCUCUCCCAAUCACGAACGCGCGCAAUAUGCAGCUCCUUCAAUCCGUUACCACGAGCCUUCUGCUCGCCGGCAGCUGCCUGUCUUCCCUGGCUGCAGCUCGCUCUGUCCCCCCAUACCCCCGGGAUGUCGCCGUGAGCCACGCGCCGGGCAAGAUUGCCCCCAAGAUCUUCAUCGUGUCGAUGUUCGCGCCUGAGGCUGAGAUCUGGUGGGGAAUCCCUGAGUUCGACCUGUUGGCCCACAACAUCACCAUUCCUGGGGCUUCUCCCGCGUUCCCCGACGUGCACUGCACCGCGGACUACAGCAUCUGCCAGCUCAUCACUGGGGAGUCUGAGAUCAAUGCUGCCAUCACUGUCGCGUCGGUCGUCUUCAACCCUAUCUUUGACCUGACCACCACCUACUUCCUCAUCGCCGGUAUUGCCGGUGUCAACCCCGAGCGGGCCAGCAUCUGCGACGUGACUUUUGCCCGCUUCGCCAUCCAGGUGGCUCUCCAGUAUGAGAUCGACAUGCGCGAGAUGCCCGCCAACGCCACCACUGGCUACUUCCCCCAGGGUGCCUACUACCCCAGCCAGUACCCUACCAGCAUCUACGGUACUGAGGUGUUCGAGGUGAACGACGAGCUCCGCAAGAUUGCUGCCGGCUUCGCCCGCAACGCCACGCUGGCCGACAGCGAUGAUGCCAAGGCCUACCGCGCCAAGUAUGUCACCGAGGAUGGCAUCUACAAGGCCGGCACCGAGGGCCCCACCGUCCGCCUGUGCGACGUGACCACCAGCGACGUCUACUUCAGCGGCCGUCUUCUGGGCGAGGCCUUUGACAACACCACCAAGAUCUGGACCAACGGCACCGGCGAGUACUGCACCACGGCCCAGGAGGAUAACGCCACCCUGGAGGCUCUCGUGCGGUCCUCCAAGCACAACCUGACCGACUUCUCCCGCAUCAUCAUCAUGCGCACCGCCUCUGACUUCGAGCGCCCCUACCCUGGCGAGUCGGCCCGUGACAACCUGCUCUACGCUUCCCAGGGCGCGUUCGAGCCCGCUGUCGAGAACCUGUACAACGCCGGUAUUAAGAUCGUUGAGGGUAUCCUCGGCAACUGGAACAGCACCUUCGCGGCCGGCAUCAAGCCUCGCAACUACCUCGGUGACAUCUUCGGCACCCUCGGUGCCACUCCUGACUAUGGCCCGGGCCGUGCCCAGGCUCUGGAGGAGGCCGGUGCUCUGCUGAAGAAGCGUAGCAUGGGCAAGCGCUUUGCGCGUUUGUAGAGAGAUUACA